GUCACUUUCUCAGCCAGCCAGCAGUGAGGCUCCAUCUCUCGUUUCCAUCCUCUACUCUGUCGUGUCUAAACCUCUCCAAAAUGAGUUACAGGAAAAGUUUUGUGCAGCAGACACCGUCUGCCCACAUCUCCUUCACACGCUCCACACCUUCCUACCGCGCUGCCAGCAUUCAUGGCGGAGCUGGUGGACACGGCACCCGCAUCUCCUCUGCCUCCUUCUCCAGCCUGCGUUCUGGUGCCCCAUCCAUGUCUUCCUCAACCGCUUUCAAGGUGAGUAAUGGAAUGGGUGGUGGCAUGGCUGGUGGCAUGGCUGGUGGCGCUUCAUCCAUGGCCAGCGGUAGCAUUCUGGGCAAUGAGAAGGGGGCCAUGCAGAACCUGAAUGACCGCCUGGCCAACUACCUGGAGACUGUGAGGAACCUGGAGCAGGCCAACAGGGAGCUGGAGAUGAAGAUCAGGGAGGCCCUGGAGAAGGGAGGUGCCGACUUGAAAGACUACACUAAGUACACCCCCAUCAUAGAUGACCUGCGUCAACAGAUCUUUGAUAAGACCGUGGACAACGCCCGUAUUGUGCUCCAGAUUGAUAAUGCCCGCUUGGCUGCCGAUGACUUCAAAGUGAAGUUUGAGAACGAGAUGGCCAUCCGCCAGUCUGUGGAGGCUGACAUUGCUGGGCUGAAGAAAGUCAUUGAUGACACCAACAUGAGCAGGCUGAACAUCGAGAGUGAGAUUGAAGCCGUGAGGGAGGAGCUCAUCUUCCUGAAGAAGAACCAUGAGAAUGAGGUGAUGGAGAUGAGGAACCAUAUCUCUCAGUCGGGCGUGCAGGUGGAUGUUGACGCUCCUAAAGGUCAGGACCUGUCCCAGAUCAUGGGGGACAUGAGGGCCAACUAUGAAAGGUUGGCCAUGAAGAAUGUAGAAGACCUCAAGCAUUGGCAUGAAAAUCAGAUCUCAGAUGUGCAGGUGCAGGUUUCACAGAACACAGAGGCUCUACAGACGGCUCAGAUGGAGAUGGGUGAUCUAACCAGACAGAUCCAGACUCUGGAAAUCGAACUGGCGUCCCAACAGAGCUUGAAAGCCUCACUAGAAGACACCUUACUGAACACAGAGCUGCGUGCCAACAUGGAAAUGGAAAAAUACAACGGCUUAGUUGUUCGCCUGGAAGAGGAACUGACCAACUUGCGUGGCAAAAUCCAGCAACAAGGCCAAGAGUACGAGGCUCUGCUUAGCAUUAAGAUGAAGUUGGAGAGUGAGAUCGCCACGUAUAGGAAUCUGCUGGAUGGUGGGGACUUCAAGCUCCAGGAUGCACUGGAUGAACUAAAGACCACAAGCUAAUUUGGAACAAAUGAUUCUGGCAACCAUCCCCACCAUGAAGGCAAACUGGACCACAACAAUCGAUUAAAAAAACCUAAUGUUGGUCAAAUCAUAGCUUCUGGGCCCUAAAUCAUUUACAAAAUUCUGGAUACAGGCAUACAUGCAUGCAAUAUUAGUUGUCAAUGAACAUGCUAUAACUUAAAAAGCUGCAAUCCCCAAGAUUUUCUAUGAAGUAACCCAUUUGAAAUGUGAUGACGAUGUGAUGAUUCUGUUGGACAAUCAAUCAAUAUUACAGUAAAAAGGCAGUCAAAUGCAGCUGGAUGUAGGAGGUAGAGAGAAAUAGACCUGUUGCAAGGGAUUUUCUCAGACUACAAACUAGGAAUAGCAGCCAUCGUGACUGGUGUGCUGUCAGUUCAUCAGCAGAGAGUCUGCACCCUUUGAAAAAAAAAAUUUUUUUUUGGAGCAGAUCUAAGGCAGGCAGUAUGAACUUCAUUAAACCAAAUUGUCAUAUUAACCUACAGUUAUUUUAAUCCUCUGCCUGACAGAAGCAUGGCCACAUCUGCAUCACAUUUCAAUCAGAUUUCCUGCUGGAGUUGUUCCCAAUAAUAUUAUGCAACUUGACUCCAUGGUCCAGAUGGAUAAAACAAUGAUUUAUUACUAGAGAAAUGUUACAGAUUGCAGCUUUAAGGUCCACGGCAUUUCUAACAAUAUUGUAUAAGCAUUGUGUAAUGUUUGGCUAAUAAAUUUGUGAACUGAGAAAUUUACCAUGUCUCAUGAGCUGAAAUCAAAACAAAAUUAAUAAAAUCUUAUGUGAACCCUUAA